CUUUUAAGUGGAUACACUGCAAUAUAGACAACAUUUUGUCAUUGUCUUUCUUUGAUUUAAGUUCUGUAAAAUAGAAUCAUCUGCCACUGUGUUUUAUUUGUUUAGAAUAUAACUAAAAAUUGGAGGCAUUAUGAGUUUUUUGGAUGUUUGCAGUAUCACUAGCAGCAACAAUACGGCGGUAAUAUUCAAUGAUGGUAUCAAACAAUCUCUUACUUAUCCACAGUUCAAUAUUACUGUUAAACACUUGAGCAUAAUGCUAACACAUGAGAAAAACUUUUCCAAAAAUGGUGUCAUAGCAGUGUACAGUGAUUCUAGUUUGAAUUUACCGGUAAUAGUGUAUUCAAUAUUUUCACUGAAAGCUGUCUUUUUACCUCUUUCAACAAAUAAACCAAUGUCUAUCAUUGAAAGUAUUAAAAAGUGUAAAGUGGAAUACGUGUUUGUUCAGAAGACAUCAUUACCUUCAUUUGUACUUGCAAUUAAAGACAAAAUACCUUUGUUAACAGAAAUCUCCUUCAAUUUCAUGAAGGAUUAUGUCCUACUCAAGUUAAAAAUUGAAAGCCAGGCAAGUUCUCAAGAUUAUUUUUACAUUGUACAAAGUUCUGGGAGUACUGGAAGACCUAAAAUUAUUUAUGCUCCUUGGGAAUGCGUUAAACCGAAUGUUAUUGACAUGAGGAACACCUUCAUAGCAACCUUCAAAGACGUUAUUUUCAUAUCUUCAGCAUUGACAUUUGAUGCAUCAAUUGUUUUGAUGUUACUUGCUUGGUCAUCUGGUGCAACUAUGCUUUUGGUAUCAAGAAAUGUAAUGUGUAAUCCAGAUUCUCUCUCAUUGGCUUUGCAACAGAAUCAAGUGUCGAUUAUACAGUGCACAACGUCACUUCUCCAUUUAAUCGGGAUGGAACGUCUGAAAAAAUAUCUCGUUAACCGUGAAAAUAACUUAAGAGUUUUGGCAUGUGGAGGUGAAAGAUUCUUAAAAAGAGAAGACGCGAUUGCGCUGAUGGACGCGCGAAACAAUCUACGCGUGUACAAUAUAUACGGGACAAGUGAAGUAUCAGCGUGGGCGACUUUAUAUCGUAUCACAGAUGCGAGUUUUAAUUUCAAGUACGAUCAAAUGGAGACGGCAGACUGGGUUCCACUUGGAGAUGCUUUAACCAAUACGAAAAUUGAAGUAAGAAGUAAAGAAAAUAAGUCAAUUAAAAAUGGCGGGGGAAGAAUUUUCGUAGGUGGUCACCAAAGGGUGUGUAAGGUCGACGAUAAAGAAUGUACUGAUGAGGAUUACAUGCGAGAUACAGGAGAUUUAGGAAUCAUCCUCAAUGGGAACAUUUAUUAUUGUGGGAGAGCCGAUUCAAAUGUUAAGCGUAAUGGACAAUUGAUUUGUUUAGAUUUGUUACAACGACGUGUUGAGAACAUAACAGAUGUAAAACACUGCUUUUGUGUCAUCAAGUUGGUGGCGUCGAAGAAAGAGAACUUGCUUAUGUUCGUAGCUACUCCAACAGUUGCUGCGGAACACAUUCCCAGCAUUGAGGAUGAUAUUUUGAAAAUGAUCAAUCAAGAUCUUUCCAGUUCAUACAUUCCUGAUCGAAUUGUUUUUUGUCAGCACUUUCCUGUCAACAAUCAUGGAAAGAUUAAUAAGUAUGGUUUGGUUAGUUCGCCUGAUGCGCAUGCGCAGUUUUCUCAUCAGAAAUCUGUUAGUGACUGCUUGAAAUUUAAUUGGAAGCUAGCUCUGAGUAAUAAAUCUACGAAGGAGCCUGAAAACUCUGACAAUUUUAUCCUGUGUGGUGGAGAUUCAUUCGCAGCUGUUUUUCUUAUUAAUAAAUUGUCUUCGUUAAUUUCAACUAACAAUGUGUCGUUUGAACGACUUUUAAAUGCAGUACUGACGCGAACUUAUGGGGACGUGGAGUUGCUUCUCCGUCGUUUUGCAAAUAUUACGGGAAACGGGAAACAGGAAGAAGAGCGGUUAGUGCAACAGCGCCCCUUCUCUGAUACGAAGCAGACCUGUGAUCAUUAUAUUGCUCUCUGUCGUCAAAACAAAAAAUUUACAUGUAGUUGUGAAUAUAAAAAUUUCACAAAUAUGAGAUUCUCGAAUGUUUCUAAAAUUUCCGAAUUAUGGAAAUAUGACAUGAAGAAGUGCAUUGAUGCAUCGCCUUUGGUGGUUUUCAGCAAUGACUACGAGAACGGUAUUGUUUACAUCGGUUCACAUGCUCAUGUUUUUGCAGCUGUUUUUUUAGAUGAUGGUAGAAUGUUAUGGGAAACUAUUCUUGGUGAUCGGAUCGAGUCUUCAUCUAUCAUCUCACUGGAUGGAAAAUAUAUAUGCGUUGGAUGUUAUGAUGGCUGUGUUUACAUUCUUGAAAGAUAUACCGGUGCAAUUUAUUGGAAAUAUGCAACUGGUGACGUUGUCAAGUCGUCGCCAUGUGUCGAUCGUCGUUAUGGAAUUCUUGUAGUGGGGUCACAUGACCAACAUGUGCAUGCACUUAACAUCGCUACGAAGGAGUGCUUAUGGAAAGUAUUUUUUUCCAGUUCAUGUUUUUCUUCUCCUGGGGUUAGAAAAACUCAUGUUUACGUCGCUCUUCUAUCAGGGUGUGUGCAUGCGCUAGAAAUUACGACUGGAGAGAGCAUUUGGAAAGUGAACUUGCAGAAGCCAGUUUUUUCUUCGUUUUGUGUGUGUGAAUCCUUCAUCGUGGUUGGUUGUGUUGACGGUGCAUUGUACGCUAUUGAUUUUGAUGGCGAUGUGAAGUGGAAAUUUCAAACUGCUGCAGCGAUUUUCUCUUCGCCAGUUCGUGUGGACACAGAAGAGAGAAUCUUAUGUGGAAGUAACGACAAGUACGUGUACUGUCUAUCUAACUACGGUGAUUUACUCUGGAAAUAUGAAACUUCGGCUGCCGUCUAUGCUUGUGUUGCUUUUGUCCAACAGUCGGAACAAGUUGCCGCAGGAUCAAAGCGCAAAAGAAACGAAGCUGAUCGUAACUGUUUCGUCGUGGUUUCCACUAAUGGUGAUGUCUUUGUGUUGGACUGUGAAGGGAUUUGUGUAGCUAAAUAUAGUUUACCCGGAGAAGUUUAUUCGUCGCCUGUGGUGAUUAAUGAUCGGAUUAUUGUCGGCUGCCGUAAUGACAGUCUUUAUUGCUUGCAAAUUGAGACAACAUAAAACAAA